AUGAGUAUGUUUUCGAAACUUCCCUGGAGCUCAGGCGGUGAGCAGCAACAACAGCAUGAAGAAGAGCAAUCUCUCACAUCGGUACUGCCAACACCACAGGCGCGUGCCGAUCUCACCUUGCUGGUCGCCAAUUGUACCGAGACGAUGAGAAAGGGUAUCACCGACACAUUCGAUCCGAACCAGACAGGAAAUAUUGAGGACAUGCUGUCAGAGCUCAAAGUGGACGACGAGACAAAACAACCCGACGACGCUACGCGCGUUGAAGAGUCCCCUGAGAAGACCGACGAAGAGAGGAAACAAGCAGAAGAGAAAAUAAAAAAGGAGCAUGCAGCAAGAGAAAAGGAACUCAGCGGUCCGAAGAUGCAAGAGCUACAGAAGGCUGCAUUACAACACUUUGAUGACUGGAGAGAUUCUGUGCUACUACGCAUUGGUGAAGUCGUCAAUCAACGCGAGGAGGCCGUGUCUCAAAAGAAGGAGGCUCAUGCUCAAACUUCUCGUGUACCAGCGAAGAAAUCGCCCGAACCAUCGAAGUACGACGAAGGGGUCAGUGAAGCAUUGAGAGAAUUAUGCCCACCUACUGAGACACCGCUUGCGAAGCUGGGGGAGCAACAGAGAGCUCUGAUUUUACACUCGGUUUUGCUACUUCUGCUGAGUCUUGAGCAUUAUUCUGCUCACUCGCGUGUGCUACUUCUACAUCUCACCAGUAGUUUGAAUUUGUCUAUUGGCUUCCUUGCUGAUGAUGAGAGUAAAAUUGCUCGUGGUUUGUUGUCUGUUGCCGAGAUGAAGGCAGAUGACGAAACCAAGAAGAAGCAGGACGACAACCAGAACUCGAGAAAGUGGAAAGUCGGAUUGGCCUCUGUGGCAGGUGCGGCCCUUAUUGGAGUUACGGGCGGUCUUGCAGCACCUCUUGUCGCCGCAGGUAUCGGUUCAGUCAUGGGCGGUCUCGGACUUGGAGCUACAGCAGCAGCAGGCUAUCUCGGCACCCUUGCUAGCAGUUCAGUAAUCGUCGGAGGUCUUUUCGGUGCUUACGGUGGUCGUAUGACUGGCCAGAUGAUGGAUCAAUACGCGAAAGAGGUCGAAGAUUUCUCCUUCGUCCCUGUUCGUACUUAUCACAAACCUCGCAAAAUUGACAAGGAGUUUCGCCGUCUUCGAGUCGCCAUCGGUAUCUCCGGAUGGCUGACUGAAAAAGACGAAGUCGUCGAACCUUGGAAAGUCAUUGGACCAGAGAUGGAAGCAUUUGCCCUCCGCUUCGAACUUCAAGCUCUACUCAAUCUUGGCAACUCUCUUACCACAAUGAUUCGCUCGGCUGCAUGGGGAUAUGCAAAGAGUGAGAUCAUCAAACGUACUGUCUUUGCUUCCCUCACUGCAGCACUCUGGCCAUUGGGUCUUCUCAAAGUCAGCAGAAUCAUUGAUAACCCGUUCAGCGUAGCCAAGUCUCGUGCAGACAAGGCGGGAGAAGUACUUGCCGAUGCUUUGAUCAAUCGCGCUCAGGGCGAACGACCAGUAACACUCAUCGGCUACUCUCUCGGCGCUCGUGUAAUUUUCACCUGCCUCAAGUCCCUCGCUAACAGAAAAGCAUUCGGGCUUGUCGAGAAUGUUGUCCUACUUGGUGCACCCACACCUUCCACAGCAGCAGACUGGCGUUUGAUCCGUGCGGUGGUUACUGGAAGAGUCGUAAACGUCUACAGCACUUCUGACUACAUUCUUGGCUUCCUAUACCGCUCUUCAAGCAUUCAAUACGGUGUCGCAGGUCUUGAGCCAGUCACCCAUGUCUCCGGCGUUCAAAAUGUCGACGUCACCGAUCUCAUCUCCGGAAGCCACACUGCCUACCGCUACCUCUGCGGUCGCAUUCUCCGCAAAAUCGGCUUCGAGGACGUCGAUCUCGCCGCGGUCGAAGCUGAAGAAGCAGCACUCGAGCAAGCCACCAAAGCUGAAGAACAAGAACGCCAGCAGAACGAGGCAAACACCAGGGAAGGCGCAAGCCCAGAGGCAGAAGUCAAAGAGAUGGAGGGUAAAGUGCAGCAGAAAAACGAAGCAUCCAUGAUGGACUGGGCGACAGAGAAGUUCAAGGCUGGAGGUGCUAGUGCAAGCAGUGCAGCUGUUCAAGCCAAGAACUGGGUCCAGAAUACUGCUAACCCGAAGACUGGAGAUAAAGGAUCGAGUGGUGAUAUGGGAGGAGCUGCGGGAGCUGUUGGAAGUAGUUUAAUUUGA